AUGGGAGGAGAUAAGUCCUGGACUGCCCUCACCGCGCCGAUAGCUCGGGUCCUCGCAGUGAUGGAACAGCAGGGGCUCUCCCGACCUCCCCGACCCUUGGUCGGGGACAAGAGCCGACGGGAUCAGGGUUUGUACUGUGCGUAUCACCGAGAUGUGGGACACGAUACGGAGGAUUGUCGCCACCUCAAAAAAGACAUUGAAAAGUUGAUCAGACGGGAUCACCUCGGGCAGUUCAUACGCGAUGAGCGAGCCGACCAGUGGCGGGGGAGGCCUAAACCCGAGUACCCGAGCUACUCUCGAGACCGAUCCCAGGGGAACCGUGGCCGAACUCCCGAACAGGAAACUCAGAAUCUGGCCGGGGUGAUCAAUACUAUCGCAGGAGGACCAGCUGGAAGGGACAGCCAUACAGCUCGGCGUCACAACCGCCCUCCUCCCAGUGGAGAGAGUUCGAGUAAACGAUUAAAGAUGUACGAGGAAAUCAUUUAUGGACCUGAAGAUGCAAUUCCUUUGGCCUCUAACAACCACGAAACCAUCGUGAUAGAGGUCAUCACCUGUAACUAUAAGGUGAAGAAGGUAUAUGUUGACAAUGGCAGUGCCAUCGAUGUACUGUACUAUAAGACCUUCAAGGAACUGCAGUUGGAAGACAAGCAGCUCGUCCCGGUCCGAACUCCGUUGAUCGGUUUCGCUGGCUCUCCGGUAAGGCCGGAGGGAAUGAUAACCCUCAUGGUCACGGUAGGAGUGUCACCGAAAUGCCGAACUGUUCCAGUGAAUUUCGCGGUGGUAAAGGAGCCCUCGUCGUACAACAUGAUUCUGGGACGGCCUACUCUGAACGCCCUCCAAGCUGUCUGCUCCACCUUGCACCUCAGCAUGAAGUUUUCCACUCCUGUUGGGGUAGCCGAGGUGCUCGGGGAUCCAGAAGUAGCCAGGACCUGCUAUAUUGCAACCCUCAAGGGCAAGGAGAAAUUGGUUGCCCAGACAGCUUGUUUGGAGCCCUGA